GCUCAGCAGCGCUAUAAAACAAGGUGGAUGCAGAAGGACGAGUAGGAAUGAAAAACAAUCGACUCCUUCAAACAGACAAAACGUCUAGAGACUGUUUUAACCUUUUGAUAUUCUUUUAUACUUAACAUAAGGUUUAGGGGUCAAGAAAAUGGCCACUUCAGCAAGUUCAAAACUGAACAAAGCUGUUAAACAGCAGUACAUGACCCUCCCUCAGGGAGACAAGGUCCAAGCCUUGUACAUCUGGAUAGAUGGAUCAGGAGAGGGGCUUCGCUGUAAGACCAAGACACUGGAUUUCGAGCCCAAGUCAGUUGAGGAUCUCCCAGAGUGGAACUUUGAUGGCUCCAGCACCUACCAGUCUGAGGGCUCCAACAGCGACAUGUACCUGAUCCCUGCAGCCAUGUUCAGGGACCCAUUCAGGCAGGACCCCAACAAACUGGUGCUUUGUGAGGUGCUCAAGUACAACCGCAAGCCAGAUGAGAACAACCUGCGCCACACGUGUAAACAGAUCAUGAGCAUGGUGGAGAACAACCAUCCGUGGUUCGGUAUGGAGCAGGAGUACACCAUACUGGGAACAGAUGGGCAUCCCUUUGGCUGGCCCUCCAAUGGCUUCCCAGGUCCACAGGGCCCUUACUACUGUGGAGUGGGAGCAGACAAGGCGUACGGUCGAGACGUGGUUGAAGCCCACUAUAGAGCCUGCCUGUAUGCUGGGGUUCAGAUCUGUGGAACUAAUGCUGAGGUCAUGCCAGCUCAGUGGGAGUUCCAGAUUGGGCCUUGUGAAGGAAUCAACAUGGGGGACCAUCUGUGGGUUGCUCGCUUCAUCCUCCACAGAGUGUGUGAGGAUUUCGGGGUGAUCGCGUCAUUCGACCCCAAGCCAAUCUCUGGGAACUGGAACGGUGCCGGCUGCCACACCAACUUCAGCACAAAGGCGAUGAGAGAGGACGGUGGACUCAAGGUCAUUGAAGAGUCCAUUGACAGGCUGGCAAAGCGACACGGGUAUCACAUCCGGGCCUACGAUCCCAAAGGAGGUCUGGACAAUGCCAGAAGACUCACCGGUCACCAUGAAACCUCUAACAUCGACGAGUUCUCUGCGGGGGUAGCAAACCGGGGUGCCAGCAUCCGCAUACCUCGUGCUGUGGGCCAAGAUAAGAAGGGCUACUUUGAGGACCGCCGGCCAUCUGCCAACUGCAACCCUUACAUCGUCACAGAGGCUCUGGUGCGCACGUGCCUACUCAAAGAAGAGGGAGAUCAACCCACAGAAUAUAACAAGUGAACAUUUUGAGACAAAUUGUCAUGACCAGUACUGUAUUUAGCCUUCAAGACAUUAUGAAUCGAUCUGUACUUUUUUGAUUUGUCUUUUUUACCUGAUGGAUGAAAUAAUAGUCGAGAUUCGGUCUUGCAGGAAAUUUUAUCUUUGGCACAAUCACUGCCUUUUUGCCAACACAUCUUGUCAUCAAAGCUCAUAAUUUGUAUACAACUACAAAUUUGUUAUGUCUUUAACUUGUACUAGUGCAAGCAAUUCUGAGUGCAGCAGGUUUUUGCUGUGGACAUUUUUACUACCAAAGGCAUCUGAAUGUUUGCUCACAGUCUCAGCCUUUUUAUCUUGUUUUGCAUAGAUAAGGUCAAUUUGUAAGCCAUUAUGUUGUAAUUGCAUGUCUGUUUGUUUUUCAAUGUAACUGUCUCUUGUAAAACUUUAAUAAAUAGCUAACAUUUUUAUAUCU